AUGAGACAAAUUUUAUUUAUUGCCAUAGUUAGUUGUGUUGGUUGGGGGACACCUGGUAAGUGAUACUGAUUCUUGUUCUGUUUGUGUUGAUAAAGCCAUUGUGAAGGUGAUAAGGAUGUUUUUAAACGAAAAAACAUGUUUUUACUUCAUUUUGAAAAUUAAAAAUCAAGAUUUAAAUAUAUAUACUUUGAUGAACAAAAUGUAAUGUUUCACAAUGUAAAUUUCCAAAUUUCAAAGUAAACUUAAACUAACAUAACACGGACAUUAAUGAAAUAUUGCAGAACCAAUUGUUGAGUUUAAGUUUGAGGAACAGCCAUUAGGUCAGGUGAUAAACUCGAAUCAAAGUUUAUCUCUGAAAUGUACAUAUACUGUAAAUAGUCCGGUGAAAGCAGUAGUGGAAUGGUAUAAAGAUGGGGUGCUAUUAUCGAGUGACUUUAAAGAGUAAGUUAAAAAGGCUUAAUCAAUAAAAAGUUAAUCGAACUAUGCUUAUUUUUAAUUAAAAAGGCCAAAAAUUGUUUUUAUAUAUUAUUCAUAGUACUUUCAACUUUUCAUUUACUUUGUUACCAAAUCAUUUAAGGUACAGUAAAUUUAAUUUAUUUGCAUACUACAGUAGUCUCGAGUCUAUAAAUUACUACUUUUCACAUUGACUCACGCUAAAACUUUCAGCAACAAGAUAUUAUUCAUAGAAAGGCCGAGUCCAUCGGACGAGGGUUUCUAUCAGUGCCAAGUCAAGUUAUAUGACAAAGACAAGGUCAAAUGGGUAUAUUUGUCACGCAAAGCCAAGAUUCAGUUAAGCAGGAUACGACACUUUGUUCACCAACCAAAGAGCCAGAAGGUGUUUCUGAAUCAGUCUGUCACUUUCAGAUGUGUUGUUGUAAGUUUUUCCCUACUAUCUUUGUAGAUAGGACAAUGUAUGUGUUUCUACAUGAUAUAUAAGGCAUAUCAUAUAUGGCAUGCUUACUGAAAAGGUAUAAUUUUUGUCAGAGGUAAUGUAUUUUUGUUAAGGAUGCAACUGGAACUGAAGAUCUGUCAGUAGAGUGGCUACACAACAAUCAUCGUGUUAUUUCUGGACACAGUAAGUUUUGUAUUCUAUUUGUUAUAUUUUAUGUUAUUUUUGUAAAAUACGAUGUAAGGGCUUUUUCAGGUCAAUUUUUUUAACUAUACAUUAUACUAAAAACAAUGUAAUUCUAGGUGGAGUAGUAAUCCUACCAUCAACAAACACUCUCGAGCUCUCUAAUGUAAAGAAGAACUCAUCAGGGACAUAUAAAUGCAUAGCACGUCUAUACGAGCAUUCUCUGACGAGUCAGACAGCUAUUCUGGAUGUUAUUGAAGGUAUCUCAUAUACGUUGAUAGUCAUUUUAUAUUUUUAGGUAUUGUACCACAACAACCAACCUUUUCCCUGAAGCCAUCUGACAAAGAUGUUUACGUUGGGCAAGAAUUCUUGUUAGAAUGUAUGGCCAAUGGCUCUCCGCAACCAAAAAUAACAUGGUAUAGGGGGUCAGAGGAGCUGAAGGUGGAUAACAACAGAUUACGAUUUGUGGGAGCUGACAGAUCAAAUGUUCUGGUUACCAAUGUCAAGCACACAGAUGCUGGAAACUAUUUGUGUGUCGUCGAAAAUGGCAAUGGCAAAAUUGAAAAUGCAGCAACUAUUCAAGUGAUAGCGGCUCCGAAGAUCGUCAAGAGGCCUAAAAGUGGGACAAAAACUGAGACUGAAGACAUUGAUGUAGGUUUUUAGACCUUAAUUGGGGUUUCGAAGAUUUUGACUGUACUUUUAUGAUGCUAAGCGUACUGUUAAAGGAUGCUAUGGCACUUAAACUUUAUUUUUUAUAAAACAUUUAAUUUUUACUAUUAUGUAAAAUGUUAUCUUCAGUUCGAAUGCACAGCCACAGGAGUUCCUCCACCAAGGAUAACAUGGUUUAAAGGAGGUGAGAUUAUCGUACCUUCAGAAUACUUUAUAAUUGAACCUGGUCGAUUGAGAAUCUCAGGGUUGAUAAGAGCUGACGAAAGUGUAUAUCAGUGUUUCGCUGAAAACGAGUAUGGAAGCGACCAGUCUGCUGCCAAACUUGUUGUUACUAAAGCUGGUAAGUGACAUUGUUAUAGCAUUAUCACUUUUUUAGAGUUUCUGUCGCAAUUAAUCGAUCAAAGAGUAAAUUAUACCGAAAAGGAGAACUGUAAGAUCGUGUGAUUAGAGUGACUUUAACACUUUUGCGGUUGAAAUAAUUUUUGUAAUUUGAAACUAGUACAUGUUGUUUGAAAGUAAGAUUGAGUACAUUUUUGAGACAUUCUGUAAUAUUUGUUACUUAAAAGGCUUUUUCUCGAUCUUUAAUGUUUGAUAGACGUUAUUUGUUACCUAAAAUUUACUUUUUUGAUGAAUAAGUUUGUCUAAGACUAAUAGAAUGAUGUUAUUGAACGCAGAAGUGUCAGUUAAAAGUCACAGGAUGCUGUUUUUAUGAAGUUUACCCACAGUUUUAACAUAAUUUACCUAAUAUAAUCUCUUCAUUGAUAUCUAUGUUGUUCUAGCCCUAACUCAAGCUUUAAUAUCUGGAGAAGAUGCUCGGCCUUUGUCGCCAACUAAUAUUCAAGUACAAGGUGUUGGUGGAAGGUCAGUUAGGUUAAGAUGGUCUUCGCCGAUUGGUAUUUCAUUGCCAGAUGAAGUUGAAUAUGUGGUUUAUUACAGAAAAGACACUGACGUUAAGUAAGUUUUUUGGGUAACAAAAAAGGAUGACACUAUACUUUAUAUGUAAAACAAAAAAUACUUUUUUUAAAGUUUUUCAUACGGAAAGUUAUACAUUGUACUUUAACUUUAAGGUUUUAUAUUUAACUCAUAUUUUUAGUGACCAAACCUACAACACAACGACGUCAUCAGCGACAUUGUUGUCGUUGGAGCCUGAUACCGAGUACAAGAUUGCUGUAUCAGCUGUUGAGAAUCACGUUUUGGGCAAAAAGUCAGAGGAAGUUACAGUAAGGACAAAGAAAGAACGUAAGUUAUCAUGUCUGACAUACUGAUAAAGUUAUCAUUCUGAUUUUCGAUUUGAGAGGUUACUUUUUACAACUUUUAAAAACUUAAUUGAAUUCAAAAAGCUAAUUAAUAAAGCUUUGAUAGAGUUAGUUAUUGAUAACAGUUUUGAAAAACAUUUUUGAUCAUUUUUAAAAUUAAAGCACUAAAUUAUCAAAAUUUAAAGGAAAAAAUGAAAUUUGCAUAAAAGUUAUUUCAGAAAUUGUGGUUGGAAGUGCGAGAAACUUGAAAGCUAAAGUGUUGAGCUCAGACUCAGCUCAAAUAACGUGGGAUUCCCCAACAGACGCUCCUCUUAACAUCAAGUACAAGUUAUUCUACAAGAGAGCUGAUUCUAAUGGAGAAUUGGAAACUCAAACUGUCGUCGUAAAACCAACUUACACUCUUCACGGCCUCGACAAGAACUCCGAAUACGUAGUCAGAGUAGCGAGUGUAGGCCCUGACGAUCAAGGAAAGACUUCUGAUUCCCUCAAGUUCAAGACCUACUCUGAUAUCCCAGAUGCACCACCAUUGAAUGUGAAGGCUGAAGCUUACUCUCCUAAUGCCAUUAUAUUGAGGUGGAGUCCGCCGGUUGAAAAUAAAAGGAAUGGCGACAUUACUGGCUACAAGAUACGAUACAAGAUGAAAGGAUCGAAGGCGGUCAAUGUGAAUGUAAAUGGCAAUAUCAAUGAGUUCAAAAUUGAGGGAUUAGAGCCGGGAAACAGCUAUCAGAUCCGAGUGGCCGCUCAGACUUUGGUAAGCUUUAUAUUUUUUGAAGUUAAAAUUUUUUGAAAUUGUAAUAUAUUAGGUUUAAAAACGUCAAGUAUAUCAUGUUUUAGAAAAAUGUAAUUAAUGUUAAUUAUUUUUUAAUUUUCGACUUAAAUUAAUUACGGUAUGUUACAGAAUGGCACAGGCGUAUAUUCUGAUUGGGUAUCGGCAGUCACGCUAGAAGACGAUGAAAUCGAGACGAUUCCAGGAGGACCAGCUGAGCUUAUGUGUUAUGCCACUUCGAAUUCAAUUCAUCUCACUUGGAGUCCACCUCAAGGCAGUGGUGUUGUUGUUAAAGGAUAUGUUGUAAGUUAUUUAACGUUAUUUAUUUUAAAAUAUUUUUAGAUAUUGUUUUUUGGUUAGAAAAUAGUAAAAUUUGGAUAAUAUGGUUAAUUUCUUAAGAAAAUAUUUUGUUUUUAGUUGAUAUAUGACAUUUGAGUUUGUUAAAUUUGAAUAAUUUAGAUUGGUUGGGGUCUUUACAUACCAGAUGUUGAGAAAAUAACAGUCGAUGGAUCAGUUCAUCAAUAUACGAUCAACAACUUGACAGCCGGCAGAGAUUAUGUGAUAUCAGUACGAGCGACGAACAAUGCUGGUACUGGAUUUCCGAUCUACGAAACUGCAAGGUAAUUACUGCUGUUUAGUUCUUAGUAAACAGUUUCUAAGUUCUUAUCUAAAAAUUUGAAUAUUUAAAAUUUAAUAAAAGCUUGAUAAUCUUUUUGGAAAAAACUUUUGUUGCAGUACUCUCGAAAGAUCAGCUUCUCCGCCACGAGACCCAGGAGAACGUCAGAAGUCGGCCAUCGAACUAGCAACCCCAGUAGGUGUCCAGGCCGAAGCAGUAUCGGAUGGUACUAUCAGAGUAUCAUGGACAGACACUACAAAUGCGUUCAAUCAAGUCUACGUGGUCAGAUACUCGAGUAACGAAGAUCCUACCCAAUUCUACUACAAAAACUCAUCUGAUACUGAGACUUUGGUCGAUAAUCUACAGCCAAAUACUCAGUACGAGUUUGCAGUAAGUAGGAAGGGGGCUUCUCAAUGGAGUAUGAGUACGCUGUGCAAGACAGGAUCUUCUGCUCCAUCGUCGGCACCAAGGGAUCUUACUGUAGUACCGAAUUCACCUACAGCCAGACAUGACCCGAAUACUGUAACUUUGAAUUGGCAGCCGCCAAAGUAUGCUAAUGGUGAAAUUGAAGGUAAGUUUUUUGAGAAUAUUUUCAAAUUUUCUAUGGUACGAGCUAUUUCUGGUAAAUGUAGCCUUACAAUAAGGAAUGUCUAUGACAUGGCAAUAUCACUUUCUAGAGUACAUUGUUUUGUAUUCUGACCGUCUGGACGUUCCUGACCGUGAAUGGAUUGUCGAUACGGUGAAAGGAGAAAGAUUGUCGAUGAAGGUUGUUGGUCUAACUCCGAAUUCAGUCUACUAUUUUAAAAUUCAAGCCAGGAAUGUAAAAGGUUAUGGUCCUUUAUCUCCGGUAGUUACAUACACUCCAGGACGAGUAGGUUACAACACGCCAUUGGGCAACAACAAUGUUGUACGUGGUGGAAGUGGUCUGGGAAGUGUUUUUGGCGACUUUGAGUAAGAUUUUUAUCAAUUUUUUUUUAUUUCAAUUUGUGUUAUGGUCGUAUCGUGAUGUAUAUUUUGUUGUUUUUUGAGUAAUUCGUACUUUAAAAGUAUUAAAGUAAAAAAAGCGAUAUUUUACAGAUCUUAAAACAGUAAAAAAGUAUAGUAUAUUACUUAAAUUACAAUAAAAUUUGCUUUUUAGAAAGUACAUGCCAUAUAUUAUCCUCGCCAGUGUGUGUGUUCUCUUCACGAUCAUGCUUAUCUUGUGUAUCUUUUUCUGUGCCUCGAAAUGCAAAGGAGAGAAGAAGGACGAGGGUCGUGUUGGCUACGUCAUGAACUCAAAAACUCCAACUCACAGGAAGUCAUCAAGAGGAACACCGCAGAAGGAUUGCUGGAUAACACAUCCAUCUAAUAGGGUAGAACUGUUCGAGGUACCGAAUGCUUCAGUAAAUGAGUUGAAGAGACUGACUAACCAUUCAGAGUCACCAAUCCCACAUUAUCAGCAUCUACAAGGUUGGUUUAGCUUUAGAUUGGUGGGAGUUCAGGGGUAUUUGAGUAGAAUACGGAACGGUUGUUGAUAUUUUGAAUCAUUUUUAAUGAAAAGUGUAGUAAUAGUUAUUUGUUUUCAAACAACGUGCAAUACUAUAAAGUAAAAAGGUAACGUAAGCUUAAAAAUAGUAAAAAACAUGUUAGAACUGAAAAUACAAAAUUUGGUUUUAUAUCUAUUUUAUUGUCUUUUUCCCCUGUCCACCCCUAAUUUCUUACCCUAGCGCGCUCUCGUGAGGGCUCUAAUUGUUCCUUUGUUCCUCGACCAACUGAUCGUGUACCCACAGUGUCUUUUGCACUGGAUUCGCGACAGAAUUAUCGCAAAUCCCUGCCUCCAACCUUGAACGUGAACUCGCGAGCAUCAGCUCAAUCUCAACGAGGUAUUCUUCGAAAUACGACUAUAACUCCCGAAAACAUACGAUCCAAGUCGUCGUUGAGUAACGACUCGGCCAUCAUGACUCAGUCGUCUCAUGAAGCGUCAUCGGCUUGUAGCUGGGACAUCAACACCUGUAACUACGUAAAGGAUGCUGCGUAUGUUAAGGAUGCGCGACGAGUAUCGGCACAGUACGCGGUGCUGAAGAACACCGACCGAAUCAUAUCGACAAGAAACACGCCGACAGAAUCUCAAGGCGAUGGGGAUAGUAAGUGGGAAGAGUGACCUUCUGUUCUACUGUGUUCAACGUCAAAAUGAGUGAAGAAAAUAGUGUCAUCGUUACGUUAAUAGUUGUCUAUAUUUCUUACUGUGGAUACUGUAACUUUUAUAUACGUUGAACGUCUAAUUGAAGCUUAGAUUGGCCAAUGUUAACAAAUACUAAUCAAAGUAAUAAGUUUGGGUGGACUGAAGACUUAUCAAAUGUACUUAACAUAACAUGAGAUAAUACCUAAAAAAGUUUGAUUUGUUAAGUAGCGCUAAUUUCUUGACGUAUUUUACAAAAUAAUUACGUUUUAGGUAAUGGCACGGUACCAAGAAAUUAUCACCAGUCGUCUGUCAGUUUGGAAAGUCGACAAAGAACACCUCAGAUAUUGUACACGGGCUCUAAUCGACAGGUAAAUUAAGGUUUUUUAAUUGGAAUUGAUGAUGUGAUAUAUUACAUACAUCAACAUAUGCCUUACUUCAUAUUAUUUAUACUUUACUGUAUUAUUAAGUGCCGACAUAAAGAACCCGCCAUACUUUGUAAUUCUUAUAAAAAAUGGCGGGUUCUUUAUGUCUGCACCUAAUAUUACCCUUGCUAGGCUGAUAUAUUAUAAUUAUUUUUGUUUGAAUAACUUUAUUUUAUUAGUAUCUAUACGACCAUUUUUAGCAAAUAACUCGUAUCGAGUUGGGAUCAGACAAAGGAUCAUCAUUUGGAGGUUCAAACACCGGCCUUCAAGGCGGAGAAACCCCUCCGACCGCUUCGGAUGGCAUGUACCAAACCGUACGGUCGAAUCCUCUCCGUUCCUUCGUUAACAGUGCCAAUCCGCCCCCGCCGGCUUUAAAUUUGUACAGUUCCACUCCACCGGAGCCUCGAAUGGCCAGUGUUCGACCGGUCGUAGUGGCUUCUUCGACCAGCAUCAACCGGCCGAGUAAGUGGAUUGGUUAUAUAAUGUUGUAAUAUUAGGUUGUUCGAAUAAUUCUGUUUCUCAACUCUAAAAAUUUUCUUUGAGCACAGAAUUAUUUGAAAAACCUAAUAGAUUACAAUAAUGUUGUGGUAGAGUUUUGUAAAUUUUGUAUUAUAGUAGGUUCUAAAGAUCUUAUAGUAGAUUCAAAAACAUGUUAUCGUAGCUUCUGACGAUUUUAUAGUAGCUUCUAAAAACAGCGCAGUAGCCUCUAACGAUGUUAUAGUAGAGUUCCACUUUCUUUGCAAAGUUUUGCUCUCUAAACUUUAUUUUGUUUACAUUUUUCGUGGGAACGCUGACGAUGUUUGAGCUCCGAACUACUGUGUUUUUGUAAAAGAUUAUCGUUUCAGCAGUUUUUCAUAAUUAUAUUGAUGACGUGGGACUUUACUUUGAAAGGAUAAUCAUCUAAAUCAACAUGUUUUCAUAAAUUAAUUAAUGGGUUGUUGUAAAUGGCACAAUUUCGGUGUAAUUACAAUGUUAAUAUGAGCAGAUUUUUACUGAAAUAGAAAAAAUAAAAAAUUUUUAAAAGUUGUGAUUUACAUUGUUUUUGAGCUUAUAUUAGAUAGUUCAAAUAAUUCUGUGCUCUUUUUUAAAGAAAAUUAUUGGGAAUAGGGGCACAGAAUUAUCUGAACAACCUAAUAAUUCUUCAAUUUGAAAUAUUAAUUCACUUUUAUUAAUGACAAAAAGACUAUUUUCAUAUUGUUUUAGUGUCCAAGUUCAGCAAUUCGGUUCUACCAGUCGGACGAGCCCAAGCUCAGCCACGGGUCAACCUCUCCAAUUACUCGCCAAACUACUCGCUUCACGGGUCUCGAGAAGAUUGUACUAGUGCUCAAGAUGAGGACCUGGUCCAGGUCAAGGCUCGCAGUAAUCAGGUCUCGCCGGUAAGUUGUUUUUUAUUUAUGUGAUGUUAUCAUUGAUAACAAAGGGUAAUAUAAAAACAUCAAUUGAAGACGUGGAUCAAUCGUUCGGUCUUUGGGGUCGUGUCGAUACUGGGUUUGCAUAAACAUAAAUAGGUCUUUUGACAUUUAGAGCCGAGUCGAAUCUUGGAAUUGAAUGCCAAUGUUAUUUAUUAUUACCUAAAACAUUGAUGUAGGUAAAGAUAAAACUGUUAAGAGUAUAUCAUUAUACAUUUCAAAGAACUAUUGUAUACUAUACUUGUUUGGGCCUAAAAGUACGAUAAGAAAAGGUUAUGUUGAAAUUGAUAGAUAACAGAUAUGAACAUAGCAAGAGAGAUCAUGUAUAAUAUAGAGAGACAGUUGUAGUAAUAAACAUAAUGCAGGAGGAAGAGAAAAGACAUUUGUUGCCACAGAGAGAGAGGAAGCAUACGUUAAUAUAAAGAAAGGCAGAAAGUCUGUUAUAGACAGAAACAGACCUUAUCACAGAGAGAACCCUCUAGAACAAGAUAAAAAUUCUAUUUUUAGCCGCAAUCAGUGAUCCACGAAGACGUGAACGCAUCUCAAAUCGAAAACAUCAUAACGCAAUUACAAAGUAUGCAACACGACUUUGACAACUAAACAGCUUUUACCAUCUUCUCAAGUUAUACUGUAAAUAGUACGAUCUCAAGUCACUUGCCGUUUAAGUAUUAAUAAAUAUUAUAUGUUUUACUAUGUUCAUAUUGUUUUAAAAUUCUUUGAAUAUUGUUUACUUUUUGGGUUUUAUGAGUUACUGUAAAACUUUGGUAGUAACAUUACUAGUAAGGAUCUACUAGUAAGAAUUAAUAUUUAAUAAAAUAAACAUUUUUUUUGAACUCAGAAUGAGAAAAAACAUAAAAAUUUAUGGUUUUCGUAUUUUAAAACAUCCAAAAUUUUAAAUAGUAACAUAACUAGUAAGAAAUUUUAAAUUGUAAAAUCAAAAUUAUAGUAAUAUUGCUUUUGUGUGACCUAUUCUACUGGGGGGCCUAUUCGUCAGGGAACCUAUUCGCAAGGGGACCUAUUCUCCAGGGGACCUAUUCGCCCGCAACGACCUUGUCGACCCUGAGGAUUUCUCCCCUCGACUAUCGCGGCACAUUUGAUAAAAAAGAAAAGUCCCCUUUUCGGAUAAAAGAUAAAAAAACCUGAGAAAAAUAGGAGUGUAUUCAGAGAUCGCGCAAAAGUUAGAGGAAAAAGGAAAGAAUAAAAGGGAAUCGAAAUGAAGGGAGAGCGGCAGAGACGCAAAAAGUCAGAGAAAAAACGAAGAAGUAAAAGCGCUCGAAAAACAAGAGGAGUUGCCCCGCGCGAGUAGCGCAGUGGCAGAUAACUGGCGUCGCUAUGAUAUUAUAUGAAAUUUCGAAUCCGGAGAGUCGGGCUAAGUUUUUUUGCAAUUUUUAAUUUAAUGUUGUAAGGAUUUGAUAAUAAAGUAUUUUGGAAUAAAUAGGAUUUAUUAGUAUUCAUGAUUUAAAAACAAUAUUUUUAAAAGAACUCUUGGAAUAAGCUGAUACCAUUUCCAUUUUUUGUGAACUGGCCAGUUUUAUCAACAAAUUUACUUUGCCUUUCACCUACAUUCCUCACUUGAGCCGUUUUCAAUAUGUGUUUAAGCCUUAACGAAAUUUUUUGUUUUAUAAUUUGAUUUGAAAGCUGGUAUGUUGUUCAAAAAGUAAUUAGCCACGAAAAUUCAUAUAAAAAUUUUUUUUUUGCUAGACUUGCUGACCGUGCUUAAACUGUUUUAAGUUUUAAUGCUUUCUUUUACACAAUUGUGCACAAGGAGUUUAAAAUUUUUAUUGUUUUGAUUUUAAAAUGGGCGUUAUUUUGAAAUUUUGCAAGCUUGGUAGAUUUAUCAGACUAUGAAUAACAACACAUUAUUCAGCUUCAUAUACAUAUUUGAAUUCGUAUUUCUACAACGCCUUGUGAAAGGACAAAAACUAUCUUUUAGACUGUCAAUGUUACCUAGCUUUAGCUGUUACUAAAUUAUCAAUGUUGAUCAUCUUAUUAAUAUUUUACGCUUUGCUUGGAUCAAACAUUACUUUAAAUGGCAAAUUAGGCUAUUCUAGGCCAUCUCACUACAAAUAUAACCUAAUGAAUGCCAUAUCUAUGAAAUUGACAUAGAUACUUAAUGUUUACACUAACGAUGACAUAUUCAGUAGUACAGAUGUCAUAGGAGGAUGUUUUCGAACGCUUUCGUCACAACAAACUUGUACACAACUAUAAUACUAUAUUUAGAGCACCAGUCGCUUUCACAAUCCCAUUCUUGUUGUUUGGCCGUUCGUCCGUGGCCCCUUGUGCUUUGCUUGGGGAGGGGAGAGUGCGUCCUUCCCGCCCGCCUCGUGUCAUGCCCCCAAUCUGUGUGGAGGGGCGGUGGCGAAGUUUCUGUCGAUAUCUCACCCCUUGGCCUAAACGUCGCCCAUUGUUCCGUGGUAUAAUCGUGUAUAUCUUUGGUAGUUUUAUGGCUUGUACUUGUACAUAUGAUUAAUACCUUUUAUGGUAACAGAUGUUACUAAGAAUACAGUUAUAUAGUAGCUUGUUAUACAUUUUGUGAAUAAUAUUCUAUCUUUUGACUCCAUUUGCCUUUCGAAAUCAGUAGAUAUCGCUUUUUAUGACAACCUCAAUGUUAGCCUCACCCACUGCAGUAAGGCUAUUGUCCUCUUGAACAAGAUCCCAUUCAAGAGGUCAAAUAUUAUGCUAAUGGCCUACCACAAUAUGUCAGACAUGUCCCGUGCAUAUUAUACAAAGCCCUUUCGAAAACAUUAUUUUGGUGGUUUCGGAACGAUUAUCAGUUAUUUCUUAUCAGCCCCGACCCUUAACUGCCAUUUUCAAUUAGAAUUCCCAUUUUGGGGAUCUUGUGAUCGCUUCGAAAAGUUUUGUUUUAAAGUCCAAAUCAUGAUUUUGGUCUUCAGUUUCGUGUUUUGGUGUUAUUUUAGCGUCAAUUUAGCUUCGAAAACAAGGUUGUGAUAAUAUCGAAUUGAUUGGAGAUGUUUAAAUUCUGUAUUGAAUCAGUUUUUUUGAAUUUUAUACCUAAAGUUUUAAUUUUCUCAUUGAAAAUCAUUUUUUAGGUCUAGCUUUUCACAGAUUAACCGUUUUUAUUACCCAAUCCAUUAGAAAUUCUCUUAUUUUUAGAAGAAAAAUGAAGAUUUGGGUAAUAUAAACAAGUUUGAGCAAUAAAAACGGAUCAAUUCGUUGAAUUAAUACCUAAAUUAACAUCCCAAUUUACUAAAAUAUAUUUGAAAUUAUUUUGAAUACCUAAAUAUCAAUAAAAACGUUAAUUCCAAUCCUAAGAAUUAUUGUUUUUGCCGCUAAAGCAAGACCUUUCUGUUUCUGCGCGUUUUUUUAUCCGAACAGCAGUUUUGUUGAAAAAUAUUAUUUUUACACACGCGAUAUUACACUAGCUUCCUACUCCUCUACACUUGAUUUCUAUUUCGAGAAACGCGGUUAAAAACAUUGUUUUAUGUACCUUCUUCACCAUGUUAUAAUAUUACUCUAGCGACAUUAUUAAUUUUGUGCAUUUCAGUUCAAAACUCGUCCUAUCGAUUACCAAAGUUUGGUCCAUUGCACUGGGGGAAUAGGUGCGUAUGGACAUUUCAUCUGAACAGCCCCAACAAGUACUGUCACAAUUCCGUCAGAAGACUCUUCUGAAGGCUCAAUAACCCAGUUGGUGAGUUUUCUCGCUUGAAUUUGUGUUAUUUGUGAAGUAUAGGGAAUUCCGGAUGUUGUAGUAGGUAUUCGGAGGUUCGAAGCUUUGAAUGAUUGUAUUGGAUAUUAUAAGGUGCUAAGUAGCAUCAAAAGUUAGUAAAGGGUCUUGUAGGGAAAUGUUGAGUUAUUUAAGGGCUUUAUAUUGUUCUUAGGAGUGAAGGCGUUUAAAGGUAACAAUCACAUUGGUGCUUUUUAAGUUCAUGACGAUGUAGACUGCAUAUACUGUAAGAUAUGACGUGAUCAUUGAAAAGAGGGUUCUUUUGGUCAUACACAAGGUCAUUAUUAACAGCUCUGAAAAGGUAAACAUUGAGGUUGGAGUUUGUUCCGAGUUGAGCUUUUUUGUUACCUAAAAUUGUAUAAACAGAGGAAUUCUAAAGUAAUAUCAAUUUGUUGGAUUUCCAAACAAUGUAAUAUAUAGAUUGACUCUGUAUUUGUUCUAAGGACCUAAUGGUACAGUAGGUAUGAAAGUUUUGUUUCUGUUUAUGUAAAACAAGAAGGAGAUCUUACACUGUUUUUAUAAUUAAAAAGUACUCUUAUACUUUUCGCAAGAAUAGGUAUAGUUAUGAUUUGUGUAUUGUGGCCAUUAACCUGUUCCCAAAGCAGUUGUGAAAUAAGUGGCUUCAGAUUAAGCUCUUGCUCUUUAGAGACACUACUAAUGGUGGUUUACGUGUUAUAUACGUUUAUGUGUAAUAGUUAAAGAGCGAGGAUUUGUUCGAUGUUGUAAUAGGUUAGAGGCUGUUUUGGCUUGAGGAAUUGAUUAGAAUGGACUUUAGAAGCAGGUAUAGGGAAGGACAUAUUGUUUUUAAGCCUAAAAUACAUCCUUAUCAAUACUUAUUCGCCAUGUUUUUCAGCUCCUUGCACUCCUUGUAACUGUCGUGGAGUCAGUUCCAAGGUCGCGCAGCCCGCAGGUCAAUCUCGACAAGAACGCCGAACCACCUUGGGACCCGGAUCCAAAAGUUGGUUGGCUGACUUGCUGAACUUUACCUGAAUCGUCUCACAGCUCUCAAAAUUACCGCCUAUCUCUCACCCAAAUCGCCCGUUCCCGCGCCUUUGACCACCGGCUUCACCGUCAGCUCGCUUCAGAAGCCUUGUGAGUGGGGCACUCAGUGCCGUUUGGGCACUUUCAUCUGUCGCCUGGGAAGGCCUCCUUAACGGGUCAACUUGUUCGGUGAGUUUUUUAUUAUAUUGUAGUUGUUUUUGCAUACUUCAAUGAAUUUUUAAUUUUUCUUUACAUUUUAAAGUUAUGGUUUUUACUGUAGUAAUGACCUUUUUGGACAAAUUACAGUAAUAUAAAAGGUUAUUGUGGCUUACUUUUGGACUGACAUGUAAUCUACCUUCAUACCUAACUUAAUAUCAACCCUUUUCAGUCAUGCCUGUAGUACGAAACGCCAAAACCUUUGGCCAAACAUCGGUGGAGCUGGCCCAGGAAGUGGCCCAGCUGAAGAACACCCAAGGCUCCACCGACGCCUUCUUCGUGGCCGACGUCGCGUUGGUGGACGAGUUGAUGAACCGAUGGAUGGAGGUGUUGCCUCGCGUCCGUCCCUUCUACUCGGUCCAAUGCAACGCCGACCAGGUCAUGUUGGCGGCGCUGGCCCGCUAUCCCACCAUCGGAUUCCAUUGUACUACACGCGAGAACACGACCGAAGUCAUGGCCGUCACCGAGAACCGCGACCGCAUCUUCUACUCCAACCCCUGUUGGACGCGCGGCUCGCUGCGACACGCCGCUGACAGCGAACUCAACUUUCUCGGCUUCGACAGCGCCAGAGACUUGCGUCGGAUCUACGAGCAAGCCCCACAGGCCAAGUAAGUUUUGACAUAUUGUUGUAGAUGGCUUUUAAGAUAGAUUAGGUUUUUUACUAUAGAUUAUAUAAAUAUAACUUUAGUAUUUAGUUAAAAAUAGAGAGCUGUUUUCUAAAACUAUCGAUUUCAGCCUGCUACUGAACAUCUGCGUAGCGCCGAACGAAGAAGAUCUCUCCAGCACUUUUGGCUGCUGCCUCGAGGAAUCUCCCGAACUUCUUCAAACCGCCUUCGACCUUGGCCUCAACGUAAUCGGCAUCGGCUUCACGAUUGGCAACGGCAAGACCUCGCCCCGCAUGUUUGAUUCCUCCAUCGAGAUCGCCUCUCAACUCUUUGACAUUGGCGAGAAGAUUGGUCACGAUAUGAGGAUUCUGAACGUUGGAGGAGGCUUCGAAUCCGCUUCAUGCCACUUCGAAGCCGUCGCCAACUACAUCAACAACGCCCUGGUCGAGCACUUUUCCCACCGACUGAACCUGGAGGUCAUGGCGACUCCAGGUCGCUUCUUCGCGGCCUCGGUCUUCUCCUUGGUGACCAACAUCACCGAACGAGAUGAAGUCGACGCCAGCGACAUCACCAACGACGACUUCGACGCCGGCAACAAGGCCUUCGUCUACCGCACCAACGAAGGCUACUACGGUCCCUUCGGAUGUAUCAACCGCAACUCCACCCCGGAAUGUCAUCCAUUGUUCGAGACUCUGGAUAAGGACAUGUACUGCACCUCGGUUAUGGGACCUACCACCGACGAGUUCGAUCGUAUCAUGCCUACCUGUCAACUGAGACAGCUGGCCAUCGGCGAUUGGCUUCUCUGGUCUAAUAUGGGUGCCUACAGCCUUGGAAACAACGCAUCGCUGGAUUCGGAAUUGUGCGAACAACUCCCCAUUUACUAUGUUAAGGACAAGACCUAUUGGUAUGUUUUGAUUGAUAUUUAAAAGAUAUUUCGUUACGUUUGAAGAAUUUAGCAGCUUAGACUAAAAAUUAGUUUAAAAAACGUUUCUUCAGGCUUAGUAAUUUGAAAAAGUCUUCACUUUAGGUAUCAAUUUGUAAUCGUUUUUAAUCAUUAUCUUAUUUUAGGUACGACAACGACUCCGGCAUCGACAACUCGGCCGGCAACUCGGCCGGCAACUCGGACAACGAAUCUGUCAUCAGCGACGACGACGGCGAGGACCUCUCCGAGCGCGUCUGGUCCUCCUGGAUGGCGGAUUUCGUCGCGGGCCGUGAACGGGCCUCCAACUCAUUCUAA